CAGCGGUUUCUCGCGUGUACAUUCCCUGGGUCACGUGUCUCUCUCCUAGAGCACAAAAUCGCCCUCUCCAGUCACAAGCAUGAAGAUGGGCGUACUCUCGUCACCGUCCCUUCUCUUAUUCGCCUCGAGCACCUGCCUCGCAUUUCAUCCAGAUGUGCCAACCAGAAUCACAUCGAGAACAGCAUCAGCUAGGCGGGGUACGACUAGUCAGAAGGGACAGCUCCGAAUGAUGCAUUUUGAAGCAGCAGACGGGGCCAGUGUUAUUGAAGCCAUGGACCAUGCUACUUGGAUUCUGGCGGUGGCAGCAGAUUCUUCUCGAGGGGGAGCUGUCGUGGAGCAAAUCCCGUAUGUUCCAGGCGAUGUGGCAGAUUUCGAUAAGAUCGUAAUCGGGAGUGCAGCUUGCCUUGCUGCUUAUGCCUGGGCGGCGUACGAGUUCGGAAAGCGAAUAGUGACGCAGCGCGCGUGCGAGGUGUGCAAGGGCUCAGGGCUGGUGAGCACAUCGCGUUCCGGGAAGCAGCUCAGACAGCCCAAGAAGUGCUACGCCUGCGGCGGGUUCUUGCCUUGGGAGAGCUGGGGCAAGUUCUGGAAAACGAAUAUGGACGUGGGAAACGGAGGCGUUCUUCAAAGGCCUGCCAGGGACUACGACGAGCUGAACGAGGCCGCAAGAGCGGCAAAGGACGGCCGAACAACACCAUCAACCGAGGACGACUAGCAAACCCGCCCGUGCAGCAACGAAACCGAGCGGGAGGAAGCGCCCGGUUUGGUUGGGCUCGUACUUGCACAUCAUGAGCCGUGUGAGACAUCAUGAUUUGUUUGUUCACCACGACAACAUGUGGAGAGUCCGGUGCGCACCCAAGGUGCCACGCCCAGCUGUUGGCGGCACUUGGUUUUCCGUGGGCGCGAUGCGUGGUAGUUUUUACAAUGAAGGCUGGUUUCUUCGCAAAAUGAAAUUCUUAAGGGUUCCGAAGUAAUGUAGUGGCGCUUUCCCGGGAGAUAGAUGCGUCUUAGAGAACCCCUUCGUGGCACAUUUGUUCUCCCACUUGAAUGCAACCAGUACGGGGACAGGGAGCCGCGUGCCGUGUACAACACGACCGGCCACAAACAAACGCAGUCAGUCGUGUUUUUCGCGUGGGAGAAAGGACGGCGGGCCGGACUCGCUGACUCUCUCCUUGCCUUCGCAAAAAAUGAAGCUCGCAGGAAGCAGCAGCCACAAAACGAGUUGGAAGGGUAAGGGGAAAGUUGCCAGAAAUUUGGCCAGUAUCUGCGGCAGUAAAACCAGGAUUCGAGUUAAUGGUAGGAGUCGUUCAAGGCAUAGAGACUUAGAGCAACGUCACAAAAGUAGAGAGAUGUUUUGGAGACGACGCCGAAAAUGGGAUUUUCCGCUAAAAAAAGGAACAAGGUUGUGCGGGAGGUUUUCAGAUAAAGGGUGGUGGUGAACGGACCCGC